AUGCUGUCAAGAUUAAUGUGUAGCCCCACCAAUGUGGCUAGCGUGACUAGUGCAACAUCCAGACUGGUGACCAGGACCUCUCUCGUGAGAAGGUUUUCUCAGAAUGAUGACGACGUCCUGGCCAGGGUGAAAGUGGCACCCAUCAAGAGAGUGAACGAGCCCAUAGAGACCAAGAAAGCUAGGCUGAUAUAUCAGUCCAGGAAGAGAGGCAUUCUCGAGACGGACCUGUUGUUGUCCAGAUUUGCUGCGAAGUACCUCAAGACUAUGACCCCACAACAACUCGACGAAUACGACUCGUUGCUGAACGAGCUUGACUGGGAUAUUUAUUAUUGGGCCACCAAGAACUACAAAACCACUCCGCUGCCUGACAGAUGGAAACACUCAGAAGUGCUGGCCAUGUUACAAGAGUUCAGUAAGAACAAGGACAAAGAGAUCCUAAGGAUGCCAGAGCUUGACAAGUACUAA